UUUUGUGCUUCCAUCAGUUACGUAACCUGUCAAAUUAGAAUUAAACGAGUGUAAAACUAAUUCGAAGUGGUAUUAUGGCAGUUUAUCAACAUCAUAAUUACGCCUUUUAUGUUGAGCUAUUUGUAGUAAAAUUCUAAUUGCUUGUCGCGCUGAUGACUCAAAGGAACUAGGAGGCCAAUUCAGACAGACAUUUUAAUAUCAAAAUGAUUCUCCUGUCCAUAGCAGUAGCAUGCCACGCAUGGUCCAUGCCCUUCUACCCGGUGCAAAGGGCCCCAAUGAGGAUGAGAUACACCAGAUUUGCCCCUCCACCACCACCAUCGCAACCUCACAGGAUUCCUAUUCCAGUUCAAGAGACCACCGAAGAAUACCAAAGGCCGAAGCGCGGUCACGACCACGACUUCUACGGUCAUGACCACGAUCACGACCAGACCCGGGGUGUGACCGGCCCCAUCCACACGUUCGUGAAGACCGACAAAAAUGCCAACUACAAAUGGGGGGUCAGACACCAUGUGGGGAAUAAGUACGCUUCGUAAUGUGGGGGAGUUUUGCUUUAGUAUUUAUUCAGUUUUUAUGGUUAAUUUAAUUGUUGUUUUGGUUGUUGAUUAAGAGUAUUAAGUGUU